CAGGCCAGACGCCAGGCUGAAGCAGAUGCGGGAGACGGCGGCCGCCCAGCAGGGCGGCAGCUCGAGGCUGACGGCCGUGGUGGGCUCCCCAACCACCGGCUCCAAGGCCUCGAGCAGCGGCGGCGGCAUCUGGAGCAGCGACCUCGCCGCCGCGGACCUCGUGAGGCAGGCGGUCCAGGUGCCCGGCCGGAUCCACCUAUAUUGGCUCGUGAAGAGCUCGGCCGAGCUGCAGUGGUGCCACAGCAUGCUCGUGGGGGCCGCCGACGGCCCCGCCAAGGCGAUCUUGGACGUGACCAUCUUCAUCACCCCGGAGGUGGACACCUCGCAGAUGGACCCGCUGCCCUGCCGCACGCAGCAGAAGCUGCACGUCGGCCGGCCGAGAUGGGGCCCCAUCUUCGAAGGCGUCAAGGCGGAGCACCCGGGCUGUAACAUCGGCGUCUUCCUCUGCGGCUCCAACGACGUGGGUGCGAAGCUCCUCAAGCAGGCCCGGAAGAGGAGCGACCCCCCGCAGGCGGGCUCCACGGGGACGUCCUUCUGCUACUUCCGGGAGCACUUCUGAGAGGCGGGGGCGCCCCCGCCGCCGCCUUUGGCUGCGGCGAGGUGGCCCCGUCCUCGACGGGCCGGCGCGCCCCAGGCCGAGGUCCGAGGAUCCAGCGUCGAGGGUCGAGCACCGAGGAGGAGGAGGAGGAGCUCGUUCUUCGCCGCGAGGCGGCAGAUCCGCCACUCGUGCCGGCGCGCGCCGCCCGACGGCGCGCGACCCCCGCGGCGGUGGCGACGCUCGCGAGUAUUGGUGGCGCGGCGCGCCGCCAAGAGCGAGGACAAGCCUGUCCACGGACCCGAGGACAGGCAGCUGGCCAGACGACAGACCGGCGGAGGGUUUCCAGCCCGGCCGCGCCACAGCCUUCGCGGCGCACAGGCGUCGGAUGACGCGCGUGGGUGGCCGAAGGGCGCACUCGCUUUUCACCCGCGGGGGCGGCGCUGCAGAGACAGAUGUUGGCGCCAGAGUUGCAUCAGGAGUCUGG